GUUUAGACUCUAGACUCAAGACUAGGCUAUGAGGUUUGCGCUUAGGGCACGGCGGCAGCACCUCGUCUCCGCUAUUGGAGAGAUGAGGCGCUUUUUUCGCCGUCAUGCUACUAUAACGAGAGCCGCAGUCACGCUACUAGCAUAGAGUAGUACUCUAACGAAGGUUAUUUUUCGCAGUAGAUUAUUCGAGAGGCGCUUUCGUGGAGUCACGCCCGUCCCGCCCCAUGGCGAUCGAAUUCCCCCUUGCGCGCAGUUCAACGAGAGGCGAUUUGCCGCGGGCGCAAUCUUUGCGCCAAUGCGCGGGCGUGCUCGCCGCCCUGUGCUCCGCGCUGCUGGUUAUGGGCGGAUGGUGGCCUCCGGUCGCGGACGCAGGAGUGCCCGUCGCUGACUCAGAUUGGCGCGCAUUAGUCACAAUCCGAGACGCCCUGCAGUUCGCAGUGGCGGACAGGAGCCCCAAGGCGUACUGGAAGAGCGGCAGGGACUGCGAGCUGCUGUUCGGCGUCGUGUGCAAUGGCAAGGGAUCCGUCACUGCACUCACAUUGUACGGAGUGGUGGGGCCGCUUCCCGAUGCUAUUGGCAACCUCCCCUCCCUCGCUCUCCUGUCAGCCGGCAAUCGAGUCACCACGCUGCCCUCCACUCUCUCGCGCCUCAGCUCAGUCCUCCUCCGCCUUCACCUGAGCAGCAACGCUAUGUCCGGCCCUUUCCCAUCAGUCAUCACCACACUCACUGCCCUGCAGCAGAUCAACAUGGCUCAGAAUCGUCUCACUGGCCCCAUUCCUGUGGGCAUAUCCAAACUUACUGCUCUUACAUUCCUGCGCAUGGACACCAACCUACUGUCCGAGGCCAUCCCACCGCAGAUAUCAACUCUCACUGCUCUCACAUACCUGUCUUUAAGGAACAACAAUUUGACUGGACCCAUUCCCCCUUCGCUUUUGAGAUUGCAAGCUCUGCAGACCCUUGACAUCCGCAGCAACGCACUCACUGGGCCCAUCCCCUCUGAGGUCGGAGCACUAUCCAAGCUGGCGUGGCUCUAUCUCAACAGCAAUCGACUCACAGGCCCUAUUCCAGCCACUAUUGGCAAGCUAACCCGACUGCGAAACCUCUUUCUUGAUAACAACAAGCUCACUGGUGCCCUCCCUGCCGCCAUAUCAUCCCUCGUGUCGCUCAAUUAUGUCUCUCUAAGUUACAACUCUCUCUCUGGCCCCCUUCCCAACCUUGGAGCUCUAUCAAGCCUCGAAGUGCUCCAGCUCGCCCGCAACAGUCUUUCAGGCGCCCUCCCUCCUUCCCUCUCCGCCCUCACUAACCUAGCCGUGAUAGACAUCUCUUCCAACGGUCUUUCCGGCUCCUUACCUCCCUUCUGCACCCAAGAAAUGCUCGCUCUAAACACGCUCAACCUGUCCACCAACAGCUUGAGUGGCCAGAUCCCCUCCUCCCUCGCCCUCUGCACCUCACUAGUCACUCUGGAUCUCAGUGCCAACGCACUUAGUGGGGUGCCUGCAGACGUCAUCACCGCACUCCCCAAUCUGGCUGCGCUCAACCUGUCAAGCAACUUCUUCACUGGCCGCCUCCCUCCCAUCCCCUCCCUCGACUCUUCCGUGCUCUAUGACGUCUCUUAUAACUACUUCUACGGCCCUGCUGACGUCACUGUAGCAGCCCCCACCGCCACUGGUAACACUGGCAGCGGCAGCAGCAGCAGCGGCGGCGGCAGCAGCAGCAGUGGGAGCGGUGGGAGUGGCGCUAUUAGCAGUGGCGUCAAGCCAAGUGGCGGUGGCACUAUUGGCAGCACCGGCAGCAGUGCUGCUGCUACCACCGUUUGCAAGUCCUCUUUCCCGGAUCCUUCCUCCUUCAGCGUUGCUGGCAACUGCCUGGCGUACGCCAGCUCAGCACAGACAAAAGCGGCAAGUGGGACCAGGGCAUACGGAAUGCAGCAGGUGCUAGUUCAGCAGGAGGCAGCGCAGCAGCAGUGGUGGCAGUGGUGGGGGAAUGGCGGAAAGGAGGGAAAGAGUGAGGCGCCAAUGUGGCUUGAGGGUGAGGGAGAGGAGAAAGAAGAGGAGAAAGAAGAGGAGGAGCAAGAAUAUAUGGUGAAGGAAGAGAGAGGCGCUAGGAGUGGAAAGAGGACUGGUAAGGGGUCCAGUCUAAGGUCCAGUAACCGCCUGGUUCUUGAAACCACACAAGCAGAAUAUGGGCAAGUAGAACCAAUGCACGCAUCGGCCUAUUCAAGCAAUCGAGCAUCCGUCCUUCGCGACGCUCGAUCCAAACUCCAUAAAUCCCGACCGUUCGAUCCGACAGGGGGGCGUGUUGCAGUGGGCUUAGAGAUAGACAACAAGAGCUGGAGCCCUUUAUGGAGACACGGAGCACUUGAGAACAAGAGGAGGAGCAGUGGGAGUGUGGACAGCAAGACGAGGCAAACAAGACACCACCGAAGAGGCAGGAAGAGAGGCCGUGGUCUUGCAGCUGCUCUUGGCUCUGCAGCCAGUGCAGCAGCCACGCCAGCUGGACCAAUCAGGUUGCUCCAAAUCGAGACCCAACGGGACCCUGCCACGUGCCUGCUCUUCUGCUCGACCAACCAGAUCAUGACAGCUGUCCCCCUAAUACCAGGAGCCAACUCCCAAUGUGGGGGCCUGGGCACGUGUCUAGCGAGCAUCCCGGCUGCAGCAGCACCACCUUCGAAUAAAGGAAGUGUCAAUAAAGGGGGUGCUGCUAAUAAGGCCCCUGGGAAGCAGAGUGGUCGGCUGGUCAGCUUCUCAUGUGGCUGUGUGCCAGGCUUGGCUAUUCCUUCGUCAAAUGGACUCUCGUGCACUGCUCUAGCAAAACCUACUCCUCCUCCCUCUUCUUCUCCUCCUCCUCGCAAGUCACCUCCUCCCCAAGCCGUGCCUAUCACUCCUCCACCUCCCUCACUCUCACCUCCCUCACAAUCUUCUCCUCCCCCUUUCCUCCCUCCCCCUCUCCUUCCCUCUCCUCCCCUCCCUCACUCCCCUCCUCCCUCAUCACCGUCCACCUCCCAACCCUCCCCUCCCCAUCCUCCUCCCCUUGCAUCUCCCCUAGACACACCAGACAGCCCUCCUCCUCCCCUCCCUCACUCGCCUCCUCCCUCAUCACCGUCCGCCUCCCAACCCUCCCCUCCCCAUCCUCCUCCCCUUGCAUCUCCCCUAGACACACCAGGCAGCCCUCCUCCUCCCCUCCCUCACUCGCCUCCUCCCUCAACACCCUCCUCCUCCCAGCCGUCUCCUCCAUAUCCUUCCCUCUCCUCCUCACCUCCUCCUCUCCUCCCCUCCUCACCUCCUCCUUCCCUGCAAAUUGAGAGUCAAGAGCAGCCCAACCCACCCCCAUCCACCUCCGGUUCCCAGCAGCUCCAACCCCCUCCUCCUGCUCUUGCUUCCCCGGCUCCCUCACCCCUUCCAUCUCUGACUGGCUCGAUACCAUCCCCAUCCCCUCCUGAUGCUGACUCGUUCCUAACUUCAUCACUAUCCCCACCACCAUCACCAUCGUUACUAUCACCAUCACCACCAUUACCAUCACCAUCAUUUUUAUCACCAUCGUCAUCACUAUCACCACCACCACCAUCGCCACCACCACCGCAUUCAGAAGCAUCAACUUUUAAUGUGCAAUAUUCUCCUCCCCUUACCACUGACUUGUCACAAUCCCCCCCUCCCCCUACCACAGACUCGUCACAAUCCCCCCCUCCCCCUGCCACUGACUCGUCACAAUCCCCCCCUCCCCCUACCACAGACUCGUCACAAUCCCCCCCUCCCCCUGCCACUGACUCGUCACAAUCCCCCCCUCCCCCUACCACAGACUCGUUACAGUCCCCCCCUCCCCCUGCCACUGACUCGUCACAAUCCCCCCUCCCCCUACCACAGACUCGUCACAAUCCCCCCCUCCCCCUACCAAUGACGCAUCACCAUCCCCACCCCCACCGCAUACCUACCACCUCCACCAGCAACACCUUCACCAGCAACACCUUCACCUGAUUCCACCUCACUCCCAUCCCCUCCUCCUCCCAGCCUUCCCUCAGCCAGCCAACCACCACCACCGCUGCCACCAAUGCCCGACAUAUCCUCGCUCUCCCCUCCUCGUCUCUCCGGCUCGUUUGAGUCGACUCAGCAGCCCCCUCCUGUCUCCAGCUCCUUAUCUCCCUCUCCACCUUCACCACCCUUCCCUGGCACAGCUCUACCCCCCCCUAUCUCAGGCUCCAUACUCUCAAGCCCUUCUAGCACAAGCCCCCCUCCCCCGAGCCCACCUCCCCCAAGCCCACCUCCUCCCAGUCCGCAUAACCACCAGCUCCCCCUCCCCCUGAAACGUGCCGGUGGAAUGGGUCUAAGUGGGUGUGUCCUCCAGGACAAGCUCCUCCGGUUUAAUCAUGUAAAGUAGACAAAUUGUGUGACUAAUGAAGCUUAGGUAGUUAA